UUGAAAAUGGCGGUGGUCGAAUAUUCAUCCAUGAAACCACCGAUCACGAAAAGAUUGCAGAGUAAUAUCUCCGAUUCCCCAGUUUUAUCUGUCGAUCAAUGUAUCGAUAAAGCCACUGAAAAACUUCUUUUUAAAAACUUUGAUGAGUGCAUACAAGUUUGUGAAGCAGGCAUUACCGAGGCUCAUAUGAAAGCGGAAAAUCUGAGUGUAACAGAGAAACUUGAGCCACUCUGUAUCUUGGCGGUCCAGGCAUAUGCUGAACUCAACCAGUGGCAGCGGGUGAUGCCGUUUGUACAGCAGGUAUAUGGCAGUGUGGAAGACUGCCCUUACAAGGUUAUGCAUCUGUGUAUCCUGUUGCAUUCAAAAGUCAAAGAGUAUACACAAUGCCACGCUCUGUCCAGUGUUUGGCUGAAGCACCCUGGCAACGUAGGAAGAGAAGGUUACACAGACGUUGUUGACGUUUGUAUUAAGCAUAUACUUCUGCCCCAGGGUAAAGUCAAACUCAUCCCACGAUACCUUGAGUCAUGUCCUGGAUUGACCACUACUGACCAGCAGCAUCUGAUGGACUACUACAGCACACUACACACAGCAAAGCAGGAUGGCAAUACCUCCGUCCAGGUCAAAGAUCAAGGCCAUGAAAUAGAUGUCACAGAAUCACUCGCCAAUCAAAAUAGUACAAAGGAGAAAGACAAGAUACAAACAGACCAUCACCUGAUUACAUUUGCUAAGGCCCUGGUGAGUCGUAUGAAGUUAUACAGUCUGGAUGUCAUCCUGAAGGUGGCGGCCCUCACUGUUUGUCUCUACCUCAUCGCAUUCCAAGGUCAUAAUGGCGACACUUCAAGCAGUUUUAGCAGACUGUCAGUUAUUGGACAAAAUCUCAUAAAAGCAUUGAAAUCUCUUUUAUGGCCAGGAUAGUAGUGGUCAUAGUAACGCAGAACUAGGAUUCCGUCCUCAAGUACUACGUUGUUAUUCUAGUCAAAAACUGGUCAGAGUACUACCCAAACCUGGGAAAUGAUUAAACAGAGAUUUUCCCGCGCUGUAAAUAAAAAUAUGGCUGUGAUUGACAUUAGUUGUGCAAUGCAAAACCUUUUAUCAUAUUGUACCAUUAAUACAGAACUAGUGUGCUGGUACCAUUAAUACAGAACCAGUGUGCUGAUACCAUUAAUACAGAACCAGUGUGCUGAUACCAUUAAUACAGAACCAGUGUGCUGGUACCAUUAAUACAGAACCAGUGUGCUGUAGGGAACCAUAAGGAUUAAGGGAUUAUCCCAAUAUGGUCUGGAGCAUUUUGGGAUAAUUGGACUCAAUUUUGUAUAAACAGUGGGUGUGGUCUUCUUGAGACAGAGGAGUGGGGCCGAAUAGGUGAAAUAGAGAUAAAACCUUUCUAAUUUAGUCUGGAGCAUCCUUAAGCCAAGGGUACUUAAUUUUGUAUAAACCAUGGGUGUGGCCCCUUUGGACACAGAGGGGCAGGAAUCAAAAGGAGACUUGGAGGUUUAAAUCUUCAAAAUCCUUCUUCUUCGGAAACAUUGGCGGAAUUUUAUCCAAAUUUGCCCUGGAGUAUCCUUUGGCAAAGGGGACUAACUUCUAUAUAAACAGAGGGUGUGGCCCCUCUGGUUGAAGAGGGGCGGGGCCCAAUAGGGGAAUUUGAAGUUUAAACUAUUGCAAGAAUUUUAUCCAAAUAUAUAAGUAUCCUUUGGCAAAAGGGGACUAAAUUUUGUACAAACGGAGGAUGUUGCCCAUCUGGGUGCAGAGUGACGGGCCCCAAAAUGAGAUUCGGCUUCUGCCUCACCUCUAGCAUCCUAAUGUCUGGAUAAUAACAUGGACUUUUAUAGAGUCAGUUCUGUAUUAAUAGCUAGAAAUGGUGUAGAUCCCCACCCCUUAACCAGAUGGACACAAUCAUUAUGCUACCAUAAUUGGCCUCGGGGUCUGUGCAAGGCUUACAAUUUCUGAGUUUGAAAUAUUAUCAGGAUUGAUCCUGGGAUCUGGCCCUGUCCUAGGAUCUUACUUGCAAUAUUAUUUAUAUGAACAUAUUUGCCAAGAUUACUGAAAUGUCUAGGUGAACAAUACAGGCCCCCUGAACCUCAUGUUUAAAUUUAAUUAAUAGAUGUAUAUAUGUAAGAGCUUCAAAGAUUAAUGUAAAAGUGAAUUGUUACUGGUGUAUACCUGCCUAUGUAAUGUUUAGCAUAUUUAUUUAAACAGUAAGAAUUAAGGUAAGUGUUUGAAAAUAUGGGAACAGUACAUGUACCAUUACUUUAAGAGACUGUUGAAAUUUACAAAUAAAUACAUAUUAUAUAA